GAGAAAACAAUUCAAAUUUUUGACUGUAUCCAAAGACAGAGCUAGCUUAUACACACACAAUUAGGGCUUAUAAAUCUUCCCCUCUCUCAGCUUUGCCAACAGGGGUAGACUAUAAGAGGACGCAAGUUAUUGGAGGAUGACUAACUAUUUUGACAUUGAUGAUAUUUUAGCCGAAGAUGAGCUUGUACCAGCUACUUUCCGAGAAGCUACUAAUGGAGUUGGGCUCUUUGAUUCUACCGAUGACACGAACAAGGUAGAACCGGGUUCUAAAGUUGAGCUACCGUUCUGGCUUGCUCAAGAACUGCACUUGAGACAAGCAGUAACAGUGAAUGUCCCUCCUUGUUUCAAUAAACGAACACGUGAGGAAAUUGAUGCUGAUGCUGCACAUGUGGAUCUUAGGAAUCGGUGUCCAUUUUUCUAUGAAUUAGGCUACAAGAUAGCACCUCUGGUUGGUGAUAAAACUAUAGGACGUGUUCUUUUGAUUGCAUUUAGAACCAGGUACAAGGAAGUACUGAUCAAAGCUCAUACUGCAGCAUUCGAAGCAACAGCAAAAUUCUUGAGCCUUUUAACAGAAGAAGAAGUUAAAUUAUACAAGGCAGCUCAGUCCUCUGCCAUUGCAUUUAAGAAGUGGCGAAAGGGUGGCCCCAGAUUUCAGAAAGCUUCUGUUCUUGGGAGAAAAAGGAAGCCAAUUCAAUAGUCUUGCAGCCUACAAAUCAUGACUUAUGAUAUGUAUGAAGAAAAAUCAAAAACUUUAGAUUGGCACAGGGAAAAUGAAAACUUGAAGAUUAUACUCAAUGCCACUGUUUGAAUCCAGUAGUUUGGUAUAGUUGAAUUGGAGUAUAACACAAAUGGUCAUACCAGGUACAACUGCAUUUGUUAAAAAGCGGAAAAGUUACAAAUGCAGGAUGCAUAUAAUACAGGAGUCCGGUUCGUUAGCAAGUGAUUGAUGCAACCAUCUAUUGACAGAUUUUUUAUCGUUGAAACUUGAUAGUCUUCAACGGAAAUUUUGAUGUGAAUGCGGGGAGACACCACCCUGCCCACACUUCUGUUACUGUUUUCACAUUUUAGAGCAGUAAUAAAAUCGUUGUGAAUACGGAGCUCUGAAUGCAGCAGGCAGCUCGGGUCUGACUAGCUCUGGUCUAAAGACGUAAAUAGUUUUGUUGAUACUUGAUCUACUUCAAUCUGUGAUAAUGUAAAAUUGCCGAUUUCAGAUUUGUGAAGAACACUUUCAUAUUUUCAAAUAUAUUUUAAAAUUUUCGGUUUU